AUGAAAACUUUUAAAAUUAUAUCUAAUAUUUAUAAAAAAAAUUAUAUUUCUUAUUUUUGAAUUUGAGAUAAUAAAAUUAAAAUAAAUAGGUUAAUAUUAAUAUUCUAUAAUAUUAAAUUUAUAUUAUUAUAUAAUAAUAUAUAUUUUUUUCCUUUUUUAAAUUUUAAAUUUUUAUUAAUUAGUUUGUUUUCUCAAUCAAAUAUUAUAAAAAAAUUAUUUAAUUUAGCGGAAAAAAAUUUAAAUAUUGAUUUUUUUUUAAAAUUGCAUUUAAUUGGAGUAGGAUAUAAAAUAUUUUAUUUAAAAAAUAUUUUAAUUUUAAUGCUUAAUUAUAGCCAUAUUAUUAAACUUAAGUUUUUAAAUUUUACUGAUUUAAAUAUACAGAUUGAAGCUGCUAAUAGUAUUAUUUUAAAAAGUAUAAAUAAAAGUAUAUUAGGAAUUUUUAGUUCUAUUAUUAAAUUAUUUAGAAUGAAUAAUAAUUAUGAUAAAAAUGGAAUUAAAAAUAUUUAUGAAUAUUUAAAAUUAAAUAAAUUAAAAUUGAUAAAAAAAUAA